GGAGGUGGUGGCCCUCUCGUUGCAAAGGCCACCGGGCAAGCAUGAGCCAUGGCGUCGGUCAAAGUGGCCGUCCGAGUCAGGCCAAUGAAUCGCAGGGAGAAGGAUUUGGAGGCCAAGUUUAUUAUUCACAUGGAAAAAAACAAAACAACAAUCACAAACUUAAAGAUACCAGAAGGAGGAUCUGGGGAUACUGGAAGAGAACGGACCAAAACCUUUACCUAUGACUUUUCCUAUUUUUCGGCUGACAGUAAAAGUCCUAAUUACAUAACUCAAGAAAUGGUUUUCAAAAAUCUUGGCACCGAUGUCCUGAAAUCUGCAUUUGAAGGUUAUAAUGCUUGUGUAUUUGCAUAUGGACAGACUGGAUCUGGGAAGUCGUACACUAUGAUGGGAAAUACUGGUGAUUCUGGCUUAAUACCUCGAAUUUGUGAAGGGCUCUUCAGUCGAAUAGGGGAAACUACAAGAUGGGAUGAAGCGUCUUUUAGAACUGAAGUCAGCUACCUGGAAAUUUAUAAUGAACGUGUAAGAGACCUCCUUAGGCGGAAAUCAUCCAAAACCUAUAAUUUAAGAGUUCGUGAACAUCCAAAAGAAGGACCUUACGUAGAAGAUUUGUCCAAACAUUUAGUGCAGAAUUAUGGUGAUGUAGAAGAACUAAUGGAUGCAGGGAAUAUAAAUCGCACUACAGCUGCAACUGGAAUGAAUGAUGUUAGUAGCAGAUCUCAUGCCAUUUUCACAAUCAAGUUUACUCAGGCUAAAUUUGAUGCUGAAAUGCCAUGUGAAACAGUUAGCAAGAUCCAUUUGGUGGAUCUUGCUGGAAGUGAGAGAGCAGAUGCCACUGGUGCCACAGGGGUUAGAUUAAAGGAAGGAGGGAAUAUUAACAAAUCCCUUGUUACUCUGGGAAAUGUCAUUUCUGCCUUAGCUGAUUUAUCUCAGGAUGCAGCAAAUCCUCUUGUAAAGAAGAAGCAAGUAUUUGUGCCUUACAGGGACUCUGUUUUGACGUGGUUGUUAAAAGAUAGCCUUGGAGGAAACUCUAAAACUAUCAUGAUUGCCACUAUUUCACCUGCUGAUGUCAAUUAUGGAGAAACCCUAAGUACUCUUCGCUAUGCAAAUAGAGCCAAAAAUAUCAUCAACAAGCCUACCAUUAAUGAGGAUGCCAAUGUCAAACUCAUUCGUGAGCUUCGAGCUGAGAUAGCCAGACUCAAAACUCUGCUUGCUCAAGGGAAUCAGAUUGCCCUGUUAGACUCACCUACUGCUUUAAGCAUGGAAGAAAAACUCCAACAGAAUGAAGCAAGGGUACAAGAGCUGACCAAAGAGUGGACGAACAAGUGGAAUGAAACCCAAAAUAUUCUGAAAGAACAAACUCUAGCCCUUCGGAAAGAAGGAAUUGGAGUUGUUUUGGAUUCUGAACUGCCUCACCUGAUUGGUAUUGAUGAUGACCUUCUGAGUACUGGAAUAAUCUUGUAUCACUUGAAGGAAGGCCGAACAUAUGUUGGCCGAGAAGAUGCUGCAACAGAACAGGAUAUCGUUCUUCAUGGCCUUGAUUUGGAAAGUGAGCAUUGUGUAUUUGAAAACAUCAAUGGGACAGUGACUUUAAUACCACUGAAUCGAGCUCAGUGUUCUGUGAAUGGAAUUCAGAUUAUGGAAGCUGCACACCUAAACCAAGGUGCUGUAAUACUUUUGGGAAGGACCAACAUGUUUCGCUUUAACCAUCCCAAAGAAGCUGCCAAACUCAGGGAAAAGAGGAAGAGUGGACUGCUGUCUUCCUUCAGUUUAUCUAUGACAGACCUUUCCAAAUCCUGUGAGAACCUCUCAGCUGUCAUGCUGUAUAACCCAGGUCUUUUCCCUGUAAAAGGACCAAUCUGUCUAAGACUUGAAUUUGAGAGGCAGCAACGUGAGGAGCUGGAAAAAUUAGAAAGUAAAAGGAAACAAAUCGAAGAAAUGGAAGAAAAGCAAAAAUCGGACAAGGCAGAACUAGAACGGAUGCAACAAGAAGUGGAGUCGCAGCGCAAAGAAACGGAAAUUGUGCAGCGACAAAUCCGAAAACAGGAAGAGAGCCUGAAACGGCGCAGUGUUCACAUUGAAAGUCGACUAAAAGAUUUACUGGCUGAAAAAGAAAAAUUUGAAGAGGAACGACUGAGGGAACAGCAGGAGAUAGAACUUCAGAGAAAGAAACAAGAAGAAGAGAGCGUGCUUAGAGUAAAAGAUGAACUCCAUCGACUCCAAGAACUUAACAACAAUGAGAAAGCUGAAAAGAUCCAGAUCCUCAGAGAACUUGAGCGACUUAAGAGGGAAAAAGACGAACAGUUUGCCAAGCUUGAACUGGAAAAAAAGAGACUAGAAGAACAAGAGAAGGAGCAAAGAAUGCAUGUUGCCCAUCUUGAAGAUCAGCUCCGAGAGAAACAGGACAUGACACAACUCCUCAAGCGAAGAGAUGUGCAGCAGGUGGAGGAGGAGAAAAGGGACCUUGAAGAUAUCAGAGAAUCCCUUUUGAAAGUUAAAGAAGCCCGGGCUGAGAGUGAUGAAGUUGAUGAAGAAUUAGAAAAAGCCCAACUGUAUUUCUUGGAGUUCAAGCAAAAGCAGCUAGCACAGUUAACUACUUUGGAGAAGGAUCUAGUUCAGCAGAGAGAUCACCUGGAAAAAGAAGUUGCAGGGGAAAGGGAGACCCUAGGACGGUUAAAAUAUGGAUGCGAAGAAGACUUAGACUUGCUCCAGGGAAAUGAUGAAAAGAGCUCUGCUGUCACACCGGUGGCUCAAGAUCUUGAGAAGAUAAAGCUAGCAGAAUACCGACUACAACAUAAAAAACGGCAGCUUCACUAUCUGAUGCAAAAUCACUUGCCAGCUUUAUUGGAAGAAAAGCAAAGAGCUGUUGAAGUCCUUGACAGAGGCCCUCUUGGCUUAGAUAAUACACUGUAUCAAGUAGAGAAAGAAAUGGAAGAAAAAGAGGAACAGCUUGCACAAUACAGAGCCAAUGCUAACCAGCUACAAAAACUGCAGGCUACUUUUGAAUUCACAGCAAACGUUGCUCGUCAGGAAGAGAAAGUUAGGAGGAAGGAGAAAGAAAUUCUUGAAUCGAGAGAAAAGCAGCAGAGAGAGGCAUUAGAACAAGCUGUAGCCAAACUGGAAAAGAGACAUUCUGCAUUACAACGCCGAUCCACCUUAGACCUGGAAAUUGAAGAACAGAAACAAAAGCUUGCAACUCUUAGCAGCAAUAGUGAACAGGCUGGAUUGCAAGCUAGUCUAGAAGCUGAGCAAAAAGACCGACAAAGGCUAGAGCAGGAAAUUCACCUGCUGAAACAGAAGAUACAUGAAGGGGAUGCUGUUCAGAAAGGAUAUCGGGGAACCCUGGAGGAAAGGCAGUCUGACACUGGCUCACCUACAAGCCCUGCAAAAUCUCAGUCUUCGUCGGGUCCACUGGUUGAUGACAGGAUUAAUGCAUAUAUUGAAGAAGAAGUGCAAAGGCGUCUUAACAGCAUGAUUAGCGAUUUCAGUGUCGAUUUGUCAUAUUCUACAGAAGAGCUAAAGGAUAAUGAGAAGCUUCACAAUGGUACUACUAUUCAGCGAAAGCUAAAGUAUGAGCGGAUGGUUUCCCGCUCUUUGGGAGCAAAUCCAGAUGACCUUAAAGACCCAAUUAAAAUUAGUAUUCCACGCUAUGUUCUCUGCGGACAAGGAAAAGACGAACACUAUGAAUUUGAGAUAAAGAUUACUGUCCUGGAUGAGACUUGGACUGUGUUUCGGCGGUAUAGUCGUUUUCGAGAAAUGCAUAAAACUUUGAAGUUAAAGCAUCCAGAGCUGUCUACUUUGGAAUUUCCACCAAAGAAACUCUUUGGAAACAAGGAUGAUCGUGUGAUUGCCGAAAGACGGAAUAACCUAGAGAAAUACCUCAGGAACUUUUUCUGUAUAAUGCUCCAGUCUCCGACAUCUCCCCUGCACAUUGACAAAGUGGGACCGACCCUUUCGAAACACACCAUCUGAGCUGAAUCUCAGAAGAUCAUCUUUUGUUUGCUGAGUAAACCAAAUGGCUUCCACAAAAAUGGCCAGAUCAUCUACCUAACCUACAGUUUUAAGACUUUCCUUGAGGUAACAAUAUGCUCGCAUUUAAAAAGUGAACUAUUCACCAUAGGCCUUCCAGAAUACAGUAGUAACUUGCCAAAAAAAUUAAUAGAAAUAUUCCUACAGGAAUUGGAUGGAGAAAGUUAUCCCUCAGGCACACCCACCGUCUUUACAUUUUGGAUAAACAGGAUUUGAUUGCAGCAGAGGAACAAGAGAAUAAUAUACAGUGUGAGAUCUUAUGUCCCCAGCCUCAGCAACUUCCAAGGUCAGUAUACCCAAACAUAAUGAGAGAACUGUUCACAGCAAACUUUAGAAAAAUAUGCCAGAAAAGAAAAAUCCAAUCUCUUUCUAGGAUAAGGAGAAGCCAAAUGCUAGAGUCCAAAUACUGCGUGGUUAACUCAGCCGCAUAAAAUGUAGGUCAGCCAGGCACUCCUGCCUACUAAAUGCAGGUGCAGGGUAACUACAUAGCUUGUUCUGAAGUGAGAGGUGGCGAUUCCAGUUUAGGAAAGUAGACUCCUUUGGCCACUUCUUUUGACCCCUUUCCUUGGGCCCCAUAUGGCCACAAAUUCCCAGGCUCAGGGCCCAUUCCAGAGAUACUAGAUAAGACCAUUGGACCACACUGGAAGUGAGUUUGAACUGAAUUGAAAGUAUUCCUAUCCUUCGCUUCCAGGGACAACUUCUGCUCAUACAUUUUGCCCAUAGUUGUUUGUUCUAGUGGCUAGUUGGGUCUUGUAGUUCUAGCAGUUCUAUAGAACAGCCAAACCUUCUAUGCAACAUAGCGCCAGGGUGGAGCUUCAGCCUUUUCCAUUCCUUGUCCCAAACAGCCAUGAAAAGGGAGAUGUUGAGAGGCCGUAGCCCAGCUCAAAAGUCCAUCAAGGGCUGUCUCUGUUUUCACUGCCUCAUCUGUCUUUGGUAUUAGCACAAUAUUUCUAUUUAAAGCUCAUCCCAGAAGGCUUUGCUCUAACUCAACAUGACCCAUGACUUUUUUGGUUAAAAAUUUAAACAGGAGUGUGUAAUGUGGAACUCAGCUUUGCCCUAGCACCAUUUGCUCAUUUACGUUUUUAAGCAGUUAGUAGCAAUUCAGUCAUCAUCAGGUAGAAUCAUAACUCCCACUCUGAAAGUCUACUGACAUUGUGCAUUUCUCUUAAUUUGUCAUGGGGACAGUAGUCCUUGCGCAUAGGAUUCCUUCCCACUUAUCUCGAAGAUCCCUCCUCCUCUGGUUCUGCUGGAGAAAAUUCCUCUGAGAAUUUGUUAGAUGUAGGGGAGUGGGAAAGGAGAGAGAAAUGUUUGGAGAGGGGAUGGGAUUUAAUAGACUGAUUAACUAUCUGAAUAUAAUUUAAAUGUGAUGAUUUUUUCAGGGGGGAAAGCAAGUAAGUACCACUAAUUAUCCUCCAACUUUAGAAUCUUUCUUUGUUAAAGAUGAGAACUGUGAUGAAUGUUUUUUUCAUCGUCUCUGGAUUGUAUUUGUGAAUCACAAGGCAAUACUUUGAAAAAUCUAUCCAUGGCACUUAAGGAACAACGUCAGAUUUGUGAGUUGCUGGACUUAACAGUCUUCCAUUUUUUGUCUUGAAUCUCCAAAGUCCUAUAUUUGAAAUUCUCCCCAGCACACUGUGACAAGAAAAGUACUUUUCGCUUUGUCCUAGUCAUCUGAUUUCCAAAGAAUUACUGAGUGUGGCAUUGCAGAGCUCCUAUUAAUCUGCACAGACUCAUUCUCAUAAAUUUAUCUUUCUGGAAUCUUUGCCUAGGAAUUUUCUAUGAAAACUAUUACAUCCAGAUGGCUCAUGUAAAAUGAUUGAAAGCAAAAUUAUCUUCCUUUUGUUAGUCUGUAGAUAGUUUUUGCUUAACUUUUAGUGUCCUUUUAGUUGAAAUUCAGUAGUAUUUUUUGAUAGUCAGGCCUGUUAAGACCCUUUAUAUCAGAGGUUCAAUUCAAGAGUAUUCUACACUCUCCCACUGGACACAAAAUACAGUGGAGUCAAUGGAGAAAUUACAACUUGGUUUGAAAAGCAUAGUGGGUCCAAGGAGAUAAUGCCAAUCAAAUACCAUCAUUAUUAAAUACUCUGCAUACAGACAGUACCAUUUAUUGGUCUCUGUUGGAGUCCAUGGAGGAUGUCUUCACCAAGUCAGGCUGGAUUAGCUCAAUCAUCAGUUCCUAUCACUUUUGCUCUGAUGUUUGGGCUAAUCUGAGGGUAGAGAGGAUUAGUGCAUAGCCCAACAGCCACAGCUUCAGCAACCCAACACAGAUGCAGUUGAAGUAGCUGCCGCCAUAGCCUUCCCAAUAUUUUAAAUUGUGUGGAAGCAUGCUUUCACCAGCCAAGUCCUUGCUGCCAUGCUGCUGUGAGGGGAGUUGGGAUCGAGGGCCCAGGUAGCGUCGGGCCAUUUGAAGCAUUCAGCCGGUUAGUCCUAUUUUUGCAAAUUAGAAUGUAGUCCAUCCUUGUGCCUAGGCUUUCCCAAGGUACUGGCAGGUGAAGGGAGUCAGAGAGGAGUAUACUGCCCCUGCAAGCUGUUGGGGAGCACUGAUGAUUCAAGUCCCUCAUCCACCCUGUAGGUUAGAGCACUGGUAGUUACAUAUUUCUUUCACUCAUAUGUGUUUUCAUGUGCAGUUCUCUAUGCACCCUAUUAGGUUAUCAUCUCCUAAGGGCAGAGGAUAUGCCUUCUACUUCUUUCUGCUAACCCACAGCCCCAAACCUUGGGUGCUGUGUUUACUGGGCAGAAAAUAAACAAAAUUGCUCUUAUGUCUUGAAGAGAAUUUAAGUAAUAUGUGCGAGUAGGCAGAAACAAAGGGAGGAACAAGGCAGGAUCCCUGAAACAGAAAAGUAAUUUUGCUGACAGGAAUACUUAGGUUAGGGAUAUAGACAGAUAAAACUUAAUAAAGGGAAUAUAAACCACAGGAUACCAGGAAAAAAGAUUAAUUAACCUUUGGAGGAUGAUAGAGUACAAGGAGAACUAUCCAUGUGAAUAUACCUGCAUGUGUGUUAUGUGUGAGUCUACAUGCACAGGGCACCACACACACACACACACACACACACACACACACACACUCACUCCACUCAUUCACAUUGAAUUGACCUUGGAGGAGAUUGAAAUAAAAGAAGACAAAAAAAAGUCCUGGUUGUGUUUUUGAUCACAAUAGAAGUAAUAGCACAUGUACUAAGUACUUCAAGAGAAUUUGAAUUCAGUUCUAGCUUACCAGUGACACCACUUGCAUUUGUUUCUUUUAGAUAUUUUGUAAUGAACCCUGAAACACUGUUCAUGUUAAACAAAUACUCUAAGACACUCAGUGCGUGUCCGAUAAUCAAACAAAAGCAGCCAAAAAAAUUUAUUUUGCCUUAGUUGCUAAUGUUCUUUGCUAGCCAAACGCAUGAAUUUUUAAAAAGAUGUUCAGUUAUUUGAUUAUUCAUUGUAAAAAAUUGCAAUUACAAUGUAGUGACAAUCAUUUUGAAUGUAUCGUGCCCCAACA